AUGGCAGAGCAUCAUCCACUUCCCGCCCUGCCUCCUCAGCAGCAGCAGCAGCAUCACCAGCCGAACCAGCAGCAGUACUACUCCCAAGAGCCCGACGAGUAUCAAGCACCGUCUCAGUUCCCUCCCUACCAGCAGCAGUACGACCAGCCUCAGCGCCCGCAGCCGCCCCCGAUUCCCCAGUCCCAGAGCCAUUCUUCUCAGAACCAGCAGAGGCGCUCCCGAUCAAGGCCCAGGACUUUCAGCUUUCAGUCCAACAAAUCCCACAAGAGCUCUGGAAGCAGCCACAAGAUCGACUUUCACGAAACACCCGAAGAGAAGGAAGCAAAGAGAUUACAUACCAAGGCAGAUCCUACCGUCGCUAUGAGCGAGGCCGAGCCUUCUGCCGUCCAGGCUAUGGAACAGACUUCUCUCGCCCCUCUUCGCGCAAUACAACACAAGGAUGGUCUCGGCAAUCCCAUUGCCGAGCCUGACCGGUCCAACCCUACCCGCAGUCGCUGGGAGCGACCGCUAGACACCAUUCGCAGCUUCGAGGCCGCGAUUGAUGGAGGUUACCGUGACAGGGACCGUCACACAGAGUCGAUCGCGACAUGGAACCGCCGAAGCAGCUACUAUGCUACCAGUGGACCUCGCUACCCCCAGGACAGCUACUAUGGCAGUCGCCCUGCAUCAUACCGACCCGAGAGCAGCCAAUUUGGCAUGGGCAACAACCGACAGAGCUACUACGAUAAUUAUCAGCAUGGAGGAGGCUAUCACAACGGAAACGAUGUGCCUUAUCGCCAGAGAGUACCGCGAACGCAAACAGAACCGCACAUGAGUGGCUAUGGGAGAGGCGACCAGAAUAUUUACCCCCUGCCCAACAAGGACCGCUCAUACGAAACGGUAACGUCUGCGGCUGGAAGUGGAAGCUCGGGCGAGCACGCGGGAUACCACACAGAUCCGACCAGCAGCGACAACAGUUCUGUCGAGCGUGUCCCACCCCCUAAGAAAGCGCCCGCGAACGACUACGGAAUCGGCUUCAGCCAGCCAAUGACAUCCGAGCCACCCUCUUUCAACUUCGAGAACGGCGGACCGAGCAACCAGCAGCAUCAGCAGCAUCAGCAGCAACAACCGAUCAAUAUCAAGACUGGCCCACGAGUGUCCGGAAACUCGAAUGUGCUGCGAAGGCCGGUGGCAGCCCCGCAGCAAAUGCAGCAACCGCCGAAACAGCAACAGCAGCAGCAGCAGCAACGGCCCGAGCCUGCCAAGAGGAAGAGCUGGUUUUCCCGCAGGUUCAGCAAGUCAUCUUGA